AGAAAAAGUAUUUUGAAAAUUUUGAAGAGCUUCUUGAGAUGAGGGCUAAAGUCUACGCGAGGCUGGUAGGUUCGUUUUUAUGUAGGGCUGCAUGGCUCACAUAGCUGUAAGGCAAAGUUUAGAUAACUGAUGUUCUUUUGAUAGCAGUAUUCUUUCCCCGCAUUAAGUCCCUUGUCUAAUGCUUUUUUAAAAGUUAAAUCGACCCAAUAAAACAACAACCUUCCUCCCCCACCUCACUUCCUUAAAAUACAUACCCACAUCGAUAAAAAAUAUAUGCAUCUGGAAAACAAAAAGCAAUGAAAUAAUCGAUCUUUUAAAUUUGAUUUAUAGAAAACCAGUCACAACAUUUAUUUCUUGGAAGUUGUCAAAUACAAAUUUAACUAAUGAACUUGAAAUAAGAAAUGUAGCUUAAAAGCCUCCUACGUGGUCCAGUAAGUAUCCUAUCAAACUCCGUUUAAAACAAUCAAUUACUUUUAUCAAUUCCCUUUCACCAAUCAACUCUCUUAAUCUAUUCCCUUUCACGGAUCAAUUCCCUUAUUCAAUUCCCCUUUACCGAUCAAUUCCCUUAAUCGAUUCCCUUUUACCGAUCAAUUCCGUUAAUCAAUGCCAUUUUACCAAUCAAUUCCCUUAAUCAACUCCCUUUUACCAAUCAAAUUUCCGUUUACCAAUCAAUUCCCUUUUACCGAUCAAUUGAUUUUUACCGAUCAAUUCCCUUUUACCAAUCAAUGCCCCUUUACCGAUCAAUUCCCUUAAUUCACUUUUACCGAUCAAUUCCCUUAAUCAAUUCCCUUUUACCGAUCAAUUCCCUUUUACAUGCCUUUUUACCGAUCAAUUCCCUUUUAUAGAUCUAUUCCCUUAAUCAAUGCCCUUAUACCGAUCAAUUCCCAUAAUUAAUUCCCUUUAACCGUUCAAUUCUCUUUUAACAAUCAAUUCCCUUUUAAAAAUCAAUUCCCUUCCAGCAAUCAGUUCGCGCUUUACAAAUGAAGUCUUCUUCGAGUCAAAACCCUUUCAUCGAAACAAUCCCCUUUUGUCUAAUUUAUUUCUUGUCUCUAAUCUAUGCAGUUUUGUCAAUGAAGUUUCUAUCUGCAAAUCGAUGCAUGUUUGUCCAAUCAAUGCCCUUUCAUCCAGUCAAUAAAUUUGUAUCUAAUUAAUGUCUCUCCUGUAAUCAAUGCCCUUUUCACCAAUAAAUGCCCUUUCCCCCAGUCAAUGUCCCUGUGACCAAUCAAUUCCUUUUAUCACAAUGUGCUACUGUCUAAACAUUCACUAUUUUUCUAAUCAAUUAUCGAUAGCUCUAUGUCAUAACAAGUCCCUUUUAAAAUCAUCCAGCUACCGAAUCCGGUACCAAGUAUUUGUUCGAUUUCCGAAUUACAUAAUGCAUCGAGCUAUUUAUUGAUAAACCUGAAAUUUCUAAUUAUUUCUUUCUCUGUAAAAAUGAAAUAGAAACAUGACAGUUAGUUAUGGAUUAUUGUUACACUUUCUUCUCCCUAGACACAACUGAUCCUUGUGCGAACGAUUGAGGAAUUUCUUCCCCCCCCCCCCCCCCCUUCUAAAUGUAUUUCUUAGAAAUGGAUGCCUAGUGAUCUCUUCGUUCCCGACAAACUACGCAUCGUGCAAGCUAAGCUCCUGGAAAAGUACAGACUCAAACCUUCCACCGGUCAGACUCAGUCGGAACGUGCGCCACGCGACCAAACACUGCCUGGUAGUGGAGUGCUGCAGCCAGCCAAUCACAUCACCAACGGACAGAAUCUGGGGAAAAAGAUCACUAUGCAAGGUUGGCUUUUGCGAUGGCUGAUUUUAAUAUAAUAUUUUUUUUUUUUUAAAUUAAUCUGUGUUAAUACUAGCUUGGGUCGUAAAGCUUACAAUGAACGUUUUUAAAAGAUCUUAGAGGCAGAGAGUAAUCAGACUUUGUUAGCUUAUUGCUACAAAAAACAAGAAUGGUCAAAGCCAUUAAAAUAUACAAUAGUUUGUUAAAAGCACUUUUAUUUUUUAGCUAUAAAAAUUGUAAGUUCUAAGUACGUCACCCUACUAUCAACGUCACCUUACUAUCAACGUCACAAUAAUUUAAACGUCACCCUACUUUAAACGUCACCGUAUUAUUUUCGUCACCCUACGAUCCACGACAUCAUACUAUCGACGUCACCAUAAUAUCAACGUCACCCUACUAUCAACAUCACCCUACUAUCUAAGUCACCCUACUAUCAACGUCACCCUACUAUCAACGUCACCCUAAUUUAAACGUCACCCUACUAUCGACGUCACCCAACUAUCGACGUCACCAUAAUAUCAACGUCACCCUACUAUCAACGUCACCCUACUAUCAACGUCACCCUACUAUCAACGUCACCCUACUAUCAACGUCACCCUAAUUUAAACGUCACCCUACUAUCAACAUCCCCCUACUAUCAACGUCACCCUACUAUCAACGUCACCCUAAUUUAAACGGCACCCUACUAUCAACGUCACCCUACUAUCAACGUCACCCUACUAUCAACGUCACCCUUCUAUCAACGUCACCCUACUAUCAACGUCACCCUACUAUCAACGCCACCCUACUAUCAACGUCACCCUACUAUCGACGUCACCCUACUAUCAACGUCACCCUAAUAUCAACGUCACCCUACUAUCAACGUCACCCUACUUUAGACGUCACCCUACUAUCAACAUCACCCUACUCUCAACNCUAUCAACGUCAUCCUACUAUCAACGUCACCCUACUUUCAACGUCACCCUACUAUCAACGUCACCCUACUUUAAACGUCACCCUACUAUCAACGUCACCCUACUAUCGACGUCACCCUACUAUCGACGUCACCCUACUAUCGACGUCACCAUACUAUCAACGUCACCCUACUAUCAAUGUCACCCUAUUUUAAACGUCACCCUACUAUCGACGUCACCCUACUAUCGACGUCACCAUACUAUCGACGUCACCAUACUAUCAACGUCACUCUACUAUCGACAUCACCAUACUAUCAACGUCACCCUACCAUCAACGUCACCCUAAUAUCAACGUCACUCUACUAUCAACGUCACCUUACCAUCACUAUCUCUUGCUUUGCACAGCAUUAUCCCCUGUCAUGUGAAUAUUUUAACAUAUUAUAUUCUCCACAGCCCUAGACACGGUCAGCGUAAAAAAGGUGAACCCUCCGGAAAUCCAACCAAGGAAUGGAAAGAAUGAUGUCAGAGUUGAUGAAAACUGCUCGGAUGAUUAUACAUCGGAUACUGACACAUCUUUAAGCGUGUCUAGCAGUGAUUGAUAGGAGUCAAGGCCAAGUGUAGCAAUUGAGUUUGUUUGUCUGGCAGUGAUUGAUAGGAGUCAAGGCCAAGUGUAGCAAUUGAGUUUGAUUGUCUUGCAGUGAUUGAUAGGAGUCAAGGCCAAGUGUAGCCAUUGAGUUUGUUUGUCUUGCAGUGAUUUAUAUCAACAAAAAUGCGGUGUUGUUUAUUUCAAUUCUUGUUUUGAUAAAGGAAUGUUACGGUCCAAGUUUAUAAAUUUCUUAUGACAAUCAACUACCAGGUGUCAGCUGGUUUCCUUUAACGUGUCUGAUGCUUGAUGUGUGACUUAUAAAUGCUGGAUGGUAGAUACUUUAAUUGUGCAACUGCCAGCUGUUGGAUGUUAGACUUUCUGAUGCUUCAUGUAAAUAUUGAGAGUUGGAUAAUUUGAUGUUUCGAUGUGCAACUGUGAAUUAUUGGGUGUUAGUCUGAUGCUUUGUAUAUGACUGAACUUGUCUGGUCGCAAAUGAAAUUUGUUUUAACAUAUAUAAAAUGAAUGCAUCUGGUUCUCGGGUC